AUGGCUGACGGAGAACAAAAUGCACAGCCACCCACCUUGAAGGAUUAUGUACGGCCAGUUGUGAAUGAAAACAAUUCAGGCAUAAGACGCCAGACCAUUAAUGCCAACAAUUUUGAGCUCAAACCAGCGUUAAUCAGCAUGGUACCACAAGCCCAAUUUGGUGGAUCACCACUUAAUGAUCCCAAUAUUCAUUUGGCGAUGUUUUUGGAGAUUUGCAAUACCGUAAAAAUGAAUGGUGUUACUGAAGACACCAUUAGACUGAGAUUGUUUCCUUUUUCUUUGAGGGACAAGGCUAGAGGUUGGCUACAAUCUCUACAACUGGGAAGCAUCACUAGUUGGCAAGACAUGGCAGAAAAGUUUCUUGCUAAAUUCUUUCCACCUGCAAAAACAGCCCAACUCAGGAGUGAGAUUGGUCAAUUCAGGCAAAAUGAUUUUGAGUCACUCUAUGAAGCAUGGGAAAGGUAUAAAGAUUUGAUUCGGCGUUGCCCUCAACAUGGAUUUUCGAAUUGGUUGCAAAUUCAGAUGUUCUAUAAUGGGUUAAAUGGGCAAACUCAAACCAUAGUUGAUGCUGCUUCUAGUGGAACUUUGAUGUCAAAGACAGUUAAGGGUGUUACUUCUCUUUUGGAAGAAAUGGUCUUAAACAACUAUCAAUGGCCAAUUGAAAGAACUAUGGCUAAGAAAGUUGCUGGGAUUCAUGAAUUGGAUCCGUUUGCAGCCCUCUCAGCUCAAGUUGCUUCUCUAUCUCAUCAGGUUUCAACCUUAACAACCCAAAGAAUACCACAAAGUGCAGAAUAUGUAGCAGUUUCAAGUAUGACAGUUCCGAUGAAUGAAGUAAGUCAAGAACAAGUUCAAUACAUCAACAAUCGAAACUACAACUAUCGUGGAAAUCCUAUGCCAAAUUACUACCAUCCAGGACUUCGAAAUCAUGAGAAUUUUUCUUAUGGAAACACGAAGAAUGUGCUACAACCUCCUCCAGGGUUUGAUAGUCAACCAAGCGAGAAGAAGAUGUCACUUGAGGAUGCCAUGGUUUCCUUUGUUGAGGAGACCAAAGCAAGGUUUAAAAAGAGUGAUUCACGGUUGGAUAACAUUGAGACUCAUUGUAACAAUAUGGCAGCCACUAUGAAAAAUCUUGAAGUGCAAAUUGGGCAACUAGCCACAACCAUCAAUGCCCAACAAAGAUGA